GUAGCUCGCUCGCGCCAAAAAGCACAUGCUGCGUAUAUAAACAUUAUAUACAGUUGGAAAAGGAAUCAAAAUGGACGAGGCAUUCUCAACAAGCGCCCAACUGCUGAAAGAGCCGUUAUCCUUCGCUGAGUUGAUUAGCAGUGGCGCCCAUUUUGAGGUGGACACUGCACAUUUUAAUAGUAAUUAUUGCGAUGACUUUAAUGCAAGUGACGAUGGCGAGGAGGAUGUGAACGAGGAGGAGAUUGAGCACGAGGCGCUUAUCUCUCCCUGGACACGUUCGUUUGCUGAACUGCGUGAGCUGAUGACACCCAUCGAUGAGCACAUUUAUAAGCGGAUUACACGUGCCGGGGUCAAGGAGCAGGGCCUGGUGCCCGACAAGGCACGUGUUGCACUGCGCUACAGUGCCUAUUGGGAGGGGCAGAGUGCUCCGUUUGAUUCGUCGAUGCUGCGUGGCACAAAAUUCGAAUUCGAGACCGGACAGAAUGUGGUGCUGGAGGGCUUGGAGGCAGCGGUGCGCAGCAUGUACAUCUAUGAACAAUCGGAGUUUAUCAUAUCCUACAAGUUGCUCUUCCAUGAGCUGGGCUGUCCGCCACGCAUUAAACCGCAUGCGGAUGGUCUCUUUAAGAUCGAAGUAAUUGGCUUUACGCUAAUUGGCGAUGGGCAAUCGCUGGAGCAGAUAGCGCCCGAGGAUCGCAACAAGUUCUCGGUGGUAUAUCCCAAGGCGCAGGAUAUGCAUUUGCAUGGCAAGGAUUGUGUGAAGCGUGGCUCGUAUCGCAAUGCAAUCACAGCGUUCGAGCGUGCAGUUGCUUCACUCAAUUAUUGCCGACUGGCCGACGAGAAGGAUGAAGUGCAGCAAAAUGAAUUGCUAAUUACGCUCUACACAAAUCUCAUGAUUUGUUACAAUAAGCUGAAUAAGCCGGCUAGAGUUUGUACUUCGAUGAAGGCACUGCGUCUUCUCACACGCAAUCAGCCGUCGUGCAAGGCUCUGUUCCAAGAGGGAAGAGCUCUGGCCGCAUUGGGGGAAUACGAACAGGCUCGCCAAGCUUUUGUCCUUGCCCAGGUCAAGCAACCGAACAACAAGGAGAUCAGCGAAGAGAUUAUUAAUAUGGAGCAGCGUGUGAGCAAAUAUGAGAAGUCCAUGCGUGAGAUUUGGUCACGUGCCCUCGGCAACAAAGAAAAGGAGAAGCAGAAGGAUAAGGAGGAUCAGAAACAGAAGCACGACUCAAAUGAAACUGAGGCAAAUAACGAGAUAAACGAGUCCGUAAAUCAACAGUUCCGUCGCGACUUUGAGUCGCAGCUGGAGGAGUUUGAGAAAUCGUCGUUGCGUUCGCUCCACAUGAGCCGCAAAAUGUAUACGGACAAGGAGUUUCAUGUCCUGCGUCUGCUAGCCAAGGCGCACAACAUGAAAUUGAGUCUGUCCUCAUUGGAUGUGGAUCAGAUGACGCUUACAAAACUACAGCUGAAAUAGAGCAUAGUUACUUUAAGCAGUUGUAUCUCAAGUAUUAAUAUUACCAUGAGUCAUCAUGGGCAGCUACUCAGCAAAUGAUUCCAAAGAACACUUGCCAACUUUAUGAAUUUAUUUACUCCAAAUAUAGUUUAUUUUUAACCAAAGAUAUUACAAGAAACAUAAUAUCCAUUUUUUUUUAUACUCUUGAAAUAAUCUCAAAGUUUGAAGUAGAACUGAGCCACUGACUUUAAUCUUAAGAGUCAAUUUUUUUUCCUUAUGAAAAUUAUGAUGUAUCAGAAAUACUUUUCACAACUUUUUACUUCUGCCUUUUUAACAUUUAAUCCAUAUAAAUAAAUAUGUUUUUUAUUUUGUAA